ACUGGCCUUUGUGUGUGGUGAAUGUGUCCGGAAAAGCAAAGAAGGACAAGAUUCUCCUGUGGGGUUUCUCAUCUCCAUGGUGGUAGGUGCUGACAGCUUCAGAGGGAGCAGGAAGGAGAAAAGAGAAAGGAGCCUGGGAUGCGUAGUUGCAGUGCUCUGAGGAGAUGAAAAGGACACCGGGUUUGGGUCUGAACUUCAUUAUCUGGAGCUAAGGUCCCAUUCUCAUGCCUCCAAUGGUCGGGUGAGAGAAUGAAGACCCAGAAACCUUGAGCAGCUUCUUGUUGUUGUCAAGGGUCAUUGGAUGACAAAUGGAACAGGAACCUACAAGAAUGAUACAUGUUGUGGGCCAAAUUUGUGGAACCAUUUAACAUCCGACAUUCCGGAGCUAGUGGAAAGGACUUGAAUCUGAGAGAGUGAUGCUGUCAGUUCUGUUCUGUCUUGGGAAGUACACGAGGAAGAGAAACCUCCUGGGAAGAAAGAGAGGACACGGCCGACACUGAAGGGGAGGGUCUGUGGCAUUCAGUAUGUUUUAACUGAAAACUUAAAUCAACAAAUAGCAACAGAACUACUCCUUGUACAAAAUCCACCUGGAUGCUGGAAGGACAGAGGAAAGGAUGAGCUAUUACGGCAGCAGCUACCCGAUUGUAAACGUGGACCCCAAAUACCCAGGCUACCCCCAAGAGCACAUCCUAGCUGAGAAGAGAAGAGCCAGAAGACGUCUGCUCCACAAAGAUGGUAGCUGCAACGUGUACUUCAAGCACAUUUUUGGAGAAUGGGGGAGCUAUGUGGUUGACAUUUUCACUACUCUUGUAGACACCAAGUGGCGCCAUAUGUUUGUCAUAUUUUCUUUAUCUUAUAUUCUCUCCUGGUUGAUAUUUGGCUCCAUCUUUUGGCUAAUUGCCUUUCAUCAUGGCGAUCUGUUAAAUGAUCCGGACAUCACGCCUUGUGUUGACAAUGUCCAUUCCUUUACAGGGGCGUUUUUAUUCUCCCUUGAGACCCAGACCACCAUAGGUUACGGGUACCGCUGUGUCACUGAAGAAUGCUCGGUGGCAGUGCUCAUGGUGAUCCUUCAAUCCAUCCUGAGCUGCAUCAUAAACACCUUCAUCAUCGGAGCCGCCUUGGCCAAAAUGGCGACCGCUCGAAAGAGAGCCCAAACCAUUCGGUUUAGCUAUUUUGCCCUCAUAGGCAUGAGGGAUGGGAAGCUUUGCCUCAUGUGGCGCAUUGGUGAUUUCCGGCCAAACCAUGUGGUAGAAGGCACAGUGAGAGCCCAACUUCUCCGCUACACAGAAGACAGCGAAGGGCGAAUGACCAUGGCAUUCAAAGACCUAAAGUUGGUCAACGACCAGAUCAUCCUUGUCACACCGGUAACUAUUGUUCAUGAAAUUGACCACGAGAGCCCUCUGUAUGCCCUUGACCGAAAAGCAGUGGCCAAAGAUAACUUUGAGAUUUUGGUGACAUUUAUCUACACUGGUGAUUCCACGGGCACUUCCCACCAAUCCAGAAGUUCCUACGUUCCCCGAGAAAUUCUCUGGGGUCAUAGGUUUAAUGACGUCCUGGAAGUUAAAAGAAAGUACUACAAAGUGAACUGCUUACAGUUUGAGGGGAGCGUUGAGGUAUACGCUCCCUUUUGCAGCGCCAAACAGCUAGACUGGAAAGACCAGCAGCUCCACAACAUGGACAAAGGCCCCCCGGUCCGAGGAUCUGGCACAUCGGACACCACGGUCAGAAGAAGGUCAUUUAGUGCCAUUGCCAUUGUCAGCAGUUGUGAGAACCCAGAAGAGACCAUCACCUCCGCCGUGGAUGAGUGUAAGGAAGCACCUUAUCAGAAAGCUGUCUUGACUUUAAAUAGAAUCUCUGUAGAAUCCCAAAUGUAGUUCAAAUUGUGAUGACCAGGGCCACCACUCCAUCAUUUUACUCUGUAGCCCAUCACUUUAAGGCAAGUAGUUAUAAGCAGGGCUUUUAAGGAAUGGUAUAGCUACGUCUGAUGGACUUGGGGGAAAAGAAGAGCAGGUUAAAUCUGGUGAAAGAUCAUCUAAAAAUUACAUAGUAUCCAAUCGUUUAAACUUUU